CACUCGUGAGCCGAGACGACACAGAUCGCCGCCCACUCUCCAGCCGCGGAGCGAUCCCAAGCCUCUGCUGCUGCAUUCCGCGACACUAACUUCCUCACCUUUCGAAACCGCCCCGGCACCUUUUCUCUGCCGUCGCCCACAUCAUCAACACUCGCUCUUUCUUGCCUGACUUUCUGCUUCACCAUCCCACGUCCAUCGCGGCGUGCGAUUGUCGUUAAGCAUGUCGAGCAAUGCCACUACUCCGGUGCCCUCGUCGGCAGAACCACCCGCCUCGAGUCCCCCGCCAGUGAGCCUACCCGUCUCGUCGAGCCCACCACCUGCACCCUCGUCGAACCCGCCUUCCUCGAACCCACCACCACCACCGUCUUCGGCAGCUCCCCCACCCACCUCGGUCGUCACCGCCUCGUCCGCUCCGCCAACCACAACCGAAGUCCAGACGUCUUUCAUCAUCAUCACCCCCUCUGCAACCCGGCCUGGAGAGACACCAUCGGUUCUCAUCAUCACUUCAGUGAUUACUCCAACCAACGCGCCCGCCAAGACAACUGCCACUGGCGUCUCGAGCUCCGCCCGGGCAACCAGCACCAAUCCAACCGAGCUCCAAAACGCACAAAAGGACAAUGGUGGCGGGUUGAACAGCGGUGGUAAGACGGCCAUUGCCGUCGUUAUCCCCGUUGUCGUUGUCGCCUUGCUUGUGCUUGGUGGCUUAUUCUUCUGGCGGAAACGCAAGCAGCGCAAGGUUGCCGAGGACGAACGCAGGAAAGAGGUGGAGGAGUAUGGCUACAAUCCCAACCACGACCCGACGCUCCCUGCCGUCGGUAUGGCCAUGGCCGAAGACGACAGCGGCUACCGGGGAUGGGGCAACACGGCUACCAGCUCGAACCGCAAGGCUUCUACCACGCUCGCUUCCGGCAUGACCUACUCCGACAGCAACAGCAACCCAGGUGGUUACCAAAGCCCCAACUCGCCAACCAACGGUACCUACUCCGACGCAAACUCCAACGACCCUCUAGUCAACGGUCGUCGCGAGACAUUGGACUCGGAUGGCAUUGGCGCCCUCGGUGCUGUCGGCGGUGCAGCUCCCAACUCGAGCCAGAACGCCUCGGGCGUACACCGCGGCCCCUCUAACGCCUCAUCCUCUUACUCGGCGGCUGGCCACUCCGACAACUCGGGCGAAUACCCUGGCAUGCCAAAUAGCAACCCACAAGAAUUCUACAAUGACAACCAGGGCUAUUACCAGUCUAAUCCCUAUGGCCAACCGGAUCCCUAUGCAGGGAAUCAGCAGCCCAUAAUACGCGACGUGAGCGCACGACGAAACACGAGGAUUGAGAACCCGAGUGUGUUUCCACAGCAAGGCAACUCGGGGAUUGCGCAGAAUUUCUAGACCAUUUUCGAUUCAAAUCCAAAGUCGCUAAGCUAUUUAUCGCUAAUUGUACAUCGCCACCUUUCAUUCUAAUCUCUUUGAA